UGCAGAAUGGAGAAUGACUUCUGUCACAAAACGUCAAAACUCCGACUUCAAUAUAAAACUCCAUUUCUCAAUAUAGCGAAUUGCAGUCAGAAGGGCAGGCAGGUAGAUCAGGCGAGGAAACAACAACAAACAAAAACACAUGCCCUCCCAUGUGUGUGGCCUCCCUGUCAGGUUUGGCGACGGCGUGAGUCACCUCGGCUUGUACUGUAGGAGGUGGGAGAGGAAGGAUGGACGGAACAGCCGUGUUCAUACGCACCUGUACUCUUUUGUCUGCAGGUAGUCUGCGGACGGCCGCGGGGUCAAGAAGAUGAACAGACUCGGUUGGCUGUUGCCCUGGAAAUGCCGUCACGAUUAUGAGCGAGUGCCGGCCGAUGCUGCUGAUGAAUGUGAGAUGGUUUCCCUGCUGUCGGUGGCCAUCGCUGGCGAAGAUCAAACGCUGCCUGCAGACGUCCUGGGCCUGGUGGUGUCCUUCCUCCCUGUCGACGUCGCUGUGAUGACUCGGGCGGUCGGCAAGCCAUACAGCUCUCAGCUGAUUGACGAGACCUUCCUAUGGCGCAUCGACAGCUCCCUCGCCCAGCAGCAGCUCACGGGCCUCAUCGACGUGGAGAGGGACCGCGGCAUCGACCCCUCGGCCCCUCCGCUGCCGCCAUCCCUCUCGCGGCUUGGGUAUCUCGCUCGCUGCGCCUACGUCAUCGAGCAGGCGGCUGAGUGGCCCACGAUGGCCACACUCAUCAAGGUCGCAGGUGUCUGCGGUGUGGCUGGCCAGCUGCCCCUGGUGCUGUCGGCUGAGUUUAUGGCGGCCCAUCUGCCGGACAAGGCCAUUUUUCACCGGCUUCCGACUGCAAUGGCCAUCUACAACGCACUGAGCUACGCGCCGCCCGACGCCAACGACGGAGCAGCAGGAGGGUUGCAGCUGAGGGAGGUCGACAACAGAGUGGAGGCCUCCUUGUUGGUCGUGCCGGCCACGAUACUGUCUCGGGUCCUGCUUGCAGCAUUCUACGUCAUCUGCUUGGCGGCCCUCGCGUGUGUCAUUGCCGAGACGGCUCUCAAACUAUUUCUUCAUAUGUGAGUAUUUCCUUGGUGACGUGGCCACGGGCAGUAUCCUAUUCUGGGUCACCUCUAUCUGUGUGUCCUUGCUGGUACUCACCAUGGCCUUCUGCGUCUGCUUCUUGGCCUCCAUGGGGAUCACAAGUCUCGUCCGGCGCGUCCACAAGCGUCUGAGGCUCGUCCAGCACUAUGGCAUCGGCUCGAUGACAUUUCGCAUCAUCGGCCGGGAUGAGCUGCUCUGCUUUCGCCCCUUUCUCUGGCGGGCCUAUCGCCGCCUCGACCCGCCCGUCACGCUGGUCAGCUUUGGUGAUAUCUACCCCUCCUUCAGCUCAUUUGCGCUUCACACGCUGUUGUUAGAAGGCGCAUUCGAUACCACCCUGAGGGUGGUUCUCGAGGGCCAGGUGAACUCGUGGAAUGCCAGGGGGGGGGGUUCCUCGCUCUAUACUGACGGCUCCUUGAGCGGCCACAGCGACGUCCUGGUUAUCGACAGGCGAUGGAGCCAGGGAGUCUUAUUGGAGAUCGUAGAUGACAUUUUUUUGAGGCGUCGCUGCAUGGUUGUGGUCCUAUUGCUGGGUGGUGGGUCUGUGGUGGCCUCCGUAUCCCUUGGUGACAGGUACAUAAUGGUCAGGACCACCGAGGUGGAGGCGGCGGGCGGAGAGGCUGUCGAUGAGCGGCUCCCUCUCACCAUGGCUGCUGUGAGGCGAUUCGGGCUGGAGCACCUCAUUGAUGGCCAACCGUGAUGAGCAAGCUGUUUGUGUGCGUGAAGGGCCGUCCAGUCUGACUUACGUGUCUGUGCAUGUUUGGCUGAGUGGGUGGAUGUGACUGAC